CUCAGAAUUGUACCAUAGCUAGCCUUCUGUUUUCUCGACUUCCAACCAUUAUAAUUACAAGCAGAAACCACCAUUAUAUGCCUGCCUGCCUGCACCUCCUUUCCCAUUUCCUACUACAACAGAUAGGUAGAAAAACGGAUCCACCUCUCUUUCUCUCUAUCCGUGGAAAGGUCUCUGAUUCCUCUGCACCGUCACAUAAAUACACAGAACUUCCUCUUUUUUUACUAACCCUACUCUGAUGACUCUUCUCCUCAAGAAAAAUAAAAAAUAAAACUUUUCUUUCCAACCUUCGUCCCAAAAACUUUUGCUUCCUUUCUCAAACUUCCUGCCCAAGCACUUUUUCAAAUCAAUGGCUAGCUAGCUAGCCAGUUGUCUAGCUCUGAAAUUGAUUACACCUCUCUCUCUCUCUCUACAUAUAUUUUUCUUUUUCAACAACCCCAAAAGGAUCCUACUAAAAAGCACCUUCACUCUCCCUUAAUAUAGUCGAUCAAAUCAUGAGGCACUCAUACUAUAAUCGCUGCUUAUCAUAUACAGCACCUUUCUUUUUAAGCUCUCACACCAUCCCCUUUGGAGUUUCAUGCAACCAAUUUCUUGCUUUCUGAAUGUUUCUUUUCUCUUACCUAUUCCUAGUACUGAUGCCUCCUCCUCGAUCACUUCCCCGACGAACUCUCUGAUCAUGAUCCUGAUCUCUCCCUUUCAGUAGUUUAAGAACUUUAGUAGUGGCUCUUUGCCCAAGCCAGAUCUCCAAUCUACACCAGCUUAAUUAAUUUUCUGCAUGUUCCUCUGUCAAAAACCUACAAUAAUGAUACCUCCAUCACCCUUGCCUGACCUCUCGUUACAGAUCAGCCCUCCUUUGAUCUCAGAUUUUGAAGCGAAAAAAGAAGCAGUCGUGAUCAUCAGCUGUGAUGAUGGAGGAGUAGUACUUGCAAGAAAUAAAGCAGCACUCUACAGCGAUAGGAGCUCAACUACCACCGACUCCGGAAGCAGUGAAAGCGAUUUAAGCCAUGAAAAUGGCUUCCUCCUCCACCCAGAUCAUCAGAUGAUCAGGAGUACUACUUAUAACAAUAAUAACAAUCGUGGUCUUUCUGAGGCGCCCAUGUUAAGCUUAGGGCUUGAAAUGGCUGAUCAUUUGAGUACUCCCCCACUUGCAAAAGUACUGCCAAGAAACCAUUAUUAUCAUCAUCAUCAUCACAAACACAAUCAUCAUCCUCAAAUCUACGGCCGGGAGUUCAAGAUCAGAAAUAACCCGAGAUUGACAGGAGGUGCUGUGAAAAGAAGCGUCAGAGCUCCCAGAAUGAGAUGGACUACGACCCUCCAUGCCCAUUUUGUUCACGCAGUAGAACUUCUUGGCGGCCAUGAAAGAGCAACACCGAAGUCUGUAUUAGAGUUGAUGAACGUCAAGGAUCUAACCCUAGCUCACGUGAAGAGUCAUUUGCAGAUGUAUAGAACAGUGAAGAGCACUGACAAAGGAUCAGGUCAGGGGAAGACACAUAUUGUUUUGAACCCAAGGCCAGGGUUGGACCUUCCUUCUCCUCAUCAUCAAAAAGCAAACAUUCUGACACUACUGCCAAAAUCCCAAAGAAUGGAGACAAGCAGUGGGAGUAGUAGCAGAUCUCGUGCAGGAAAUAAUUAUGCUUUGGCACAUUUUCAUGAUUUCGAGGCAAACGAUGCCAAGGUACUGGAUAGACACAAUAUUAAUGCAGACAGCAGCUUGAAGGAGAUGAUGAUCAGGUUGGAUGAUUCUAGCAACAAUAUGCAGUCACCAUCGAAUACUUCGCUUAAUCUGGAGUUCACCCUUGGAAGGCCAAAUUGGCAAAUGGACUCAAAAAACUUAAUCCCUGAUCUUAAAUGUCAUAACAAUACGAUCAUGAGCUAGCUCAUUUACAUGAUCAUGCAUGAUGUUCAUGAUCUUUUGUCGUCGUACGUGAAUAUAUGGAGAUUUUAAAAUAGUAAUUGUCUACUCUGCAUGUUUCUUA